AAGAAUCUCAAUUUCAACAGAUUGUCACCCAUAGUCAGUUUUAAAUACAUAGUGGGAACUGGGAAGGUAAAGCGUGUCGAUUGGGAAGGAUCUGAUCUGAAGAUGCAGUGCUCAAGGCGUUUCCUCUUCCAGAUGUGUCUGACUUUGCUGGUGUCCACGGGCUCCUGUCGGUGCAAACCACUGAACGAUGUCCUCCAAAGUGAAGAUCGCGGGGGCUUCUCUGAGACUUCCGAGCAGGACCUGGUCGAAGAGGAGGACAGGUUACACAGCUUUCUGGGAACCAUGAAGGAAGAGUUUCUGAGGAAACUCAAUUUAUCCGAUGUCCCACGGGAGCACAGCAAGAUAUACCCGCCACCGUUCAUGAUUGAACUGUACAACAAGUAUGCCUCCGACACGUCCUCGAUGCCUCGUUCUGAUGUCAUUCGCAGCUUCACCGUUCAAGAUGUCAGUCACUCUGAAAAAAAUGGCACCAAGUCAAAACACAGACUUCUGUUCAAUGUAACUGUCCCAAAUCACGAAGAGGUCAACAUGGCAGAACUCAGGCUGUUCACCCUGCUGGAUAAUGGGACAACCUCAACCUCUACCAAUGGGAUCGGGGCUUCCAUAAAGGUCUAUGAAGUGGAGUAUAAAGGAAACAAGGCCAUUGCCCACCUUGUGGAUGGGAAAGAGGUCAUUGGGACCCAUCACUCUUGGGAAACUUUCAAUGUGACCACUGCCAUCCAGAGUUGGGUCAAGUCGGACCGCGGGGCCAGUGAGUUUGAAGUGGUGGUCGACAGGUGGGACUGUGGGCCUUUCAAAGGCGGAGGUUUGGACGUGAGCGUGGGCGUGGGCGUGAGGGAUAACACGGCAGCUGCUUUGAUCGUCUUCUCCAACGACCUGGGGAGCAGGAAGAGAGAGGCCAAGAAGGAGCUGAGGGAGAUGAUAGUUCAUGAGGAAGAGACACUCUUCUCAGGGAGCGACUGGCAAGGGACCAACGACAAUGAGAUCCCCGUGGACUUACACCCGAGGCGGAAGAGGCAGACGGACACCAGCUACUGCCGACGGACCUCCAUGCGAGUCAACUUCAAAGACAUCGGAUGGGACCAGUGGAUCGUAGCGCCCCCUGAGUAUGACGCCUUUGAGUGUAGAGGGGUGUGUUACUACCCCCUGACUGACGACAUGACCCCUUCCAAACACGCCCUCAUCCAGACCCUGGUCAAUCUCAAGAACCCCAAAAAAGCCAACAUGGCGUGUUGCGUUCCCACAAAACUCGACCCCAUCACGGUCAUGUACCAGGAGAAUGGUGUCAUCACUAUACGACACCCGUACGAGGAGAUGAAGGUGGCAAAGUGUGGAUGUAGGUAGUGAGGGCUAACAUCCAUGGUGGUCCCCUUUAACCCGUUACUGUAAAUCUGUACAGUUCUGUUGUGAGAUGCAUUUGAGUUAUUUUAUUGAGUAUAUGUUCAGCGAAUGCACAGUCUGUCUAGAAUAGCAAUAAAGCCUAUGGUACAAUAUUUAUAAAUUAUUUAUGAGCAUUAUCAUUAUUGUUAUUAAGGUUUUAGAAAAUAAUAUAGGGUAGCCUAGUGGUUAGAGCGUUGGACUAGUAACCGGAAGGUUGCAAGUUCAAACCCCCGAGCUGACAAGGUACAAAUCUGUCGUUCUGCCCCUGAACAGGCAGUUAACCCACUGUUCCCAGGCCGUCAUUGAAAAUAAGAAUGUGUUCUUAACUGACUUGCCUGGUUAAAUAAAGGUAAAAUAAAAAAUAAAUUGGAUCUACAGAUGUAGGAUCUUAGUUAUGUGCGCAUGCAAAGCAAUAAAUACACAACGCAUGAUUGCUUACAUACUUAUAUUAUUAUAAUAAUUUAAUUUAUUCUGUUCUCUCAGACGCUUAAAUGACUUAAGCUAUUAACAUGAAUCCAACGUCCCAAUGUGCAGACUGCCACAACAGACUGGCCACCAUUAGCAUAAAAUAACUCACCAACAAUAACUCUUGAAACGUUCAAGCUGGAGACACCAAACCAACUUUCACAUUUCCAGGCUAUUCUAAUUUCAGAUUCUCUAAAACUUUAAUCAACUGGAACAAUAAACGUUUGCAUAAAUUAGCAUAAAAUAACUCACCAACAGUAACUCUUGAACAGUACAAGUUAGAGACACUAAACCAACUGUCAUAUGUUCAGGCUAUUGUAACUUCACAUUCUUUCAAAUCGUAAUCAACUAUAACUAUAUAAAUGUGCACACGUUUGCAUAAAACAACCCACUGACAGUAACUCUUGAACCAUUUCAUCUAGAGGCACCAAACCAACGUCCAGAUGUUUGGGCUAUCCUAAUUUCAGAAACUUAAAAACUUGUAUCAAUCAGAGACUGUGGGUUCGCACCCAGGCUCUGUCAUAACCGGCCGCGACCGGGAGGUCCGUGGGGCGACGCACAUUUGGCCUAACGUCGUCCGGGUCAGGCAGGGCUUGGCUGGUCGGGAUAUCCUUGUCUCAUCGCGCACCAGCGACUCCUGUGGCGGGCCGGGCGCAGUGCGCGCUAAACAAGGCUGCCAGGUGCACGGUGUUUCCCCCGCCACAUUGGUGCGGCUGGCUUCCGGGUUGGAUGCGCGCUGUGUUAAGAAGCAGUGCGGCUUGGUUGGGUUCUGUAUCGGAGAUCGCAUGGCUUUCAACCUUCGUCUCUCCCGAGCCCGUACGGGAGUUGUAGCGAUGAGACAAGAUAGUAGCUACUAAAAAAAACAAUUGGAUACCACGAAAUUGGGGAGAAAUUAUCAAUUAUAACUAUAUAUAUAUAUAUAUAUAUGUGUGCAUUAAUUUGCAUAACUCUUCAACCAUUCAAGCUCGAGACACUAAACCUACUUUCACAUGUUCAGGCUAUCCUAACUUCAAAUUCUUUAACACAUGUAUCAACUAUGACUGAAUAAAUGUGCAUAAAAUAACUCCCCAAUAGUACGUCUUAAUCUGUUCAAGCUAGAAAUACUGAAGCAACAUUUAGAUGUUCAGGCUUUCCUAACUUGCAAUUCUUGAAAACUUUCAUAAGGAUAAAAAUGUAUACACAUUUGCAUAAAAUAACUCACCAAAAGUAACUUCUCAACUGUUCAAGCUGCCAAACAGACAUUCACAUGUUCAGGCUAUCCUAACUUCAAUUAUUUCUUUAUUUUUUAACUAGAACUAUGGACAUUUGUAUACAUUUACAUAAAAUAAACUACCAACAAUAACUCUUGAACUGUUCAAGCUAGAGACACCAAACCAACUUUCACAUGUUCAUGCUAUCCAAUCAAUCAAAUCAACCCUUCACCAGCUAGCAUGCGCAUCACAUUUUCUUCAGAAAAUGCACUUUUCUAGUUUGAUCACUCUUUUGUUGCUGAGGAUUUUCCUGCACAGCAGGAAAUGCAAACGUGUUGUGUAUUGGAGUUUUUGAAAGGAUUCUCAAGUUUGUCAUUACCUCUUUGACAUUUCAGACUUGAUUUGCCCUAACAAAAAAUGUAGCAACCCCUACAAAAAUGUCCAUUAAUUAUAAUCCACAUAAUAAUUUGCAUUUGUUGCAGGAUUAUUUUCCUGCUGUAGCAACCUGGCUCAAAUUAAGAUCCUACAUCUGUAUUAAAUCUGUGUGCAUCUAUAGUUUGAUAUCUAUAACAAAAUUAGCAUGAUAUCUAAAGAGUUUGUACAUAGUGUCGUUUAUUUAUCAGUUGGCUAUGAGGACUAUCUUGCUCUACAAGUUUUAAUGGUAUUAGAGUUUUAAGUAUUUUUAUAGCAGGGAAUUUUUGAUUAUGACUUCUAAAUUAUUGCUUUGAAUUAAAUAUGGAUUGUUCUCAUUAGUUUCAUAUUAGAGUCAGAGAUUGUGGAUUAUAGGUAAAGGUUGCACUAUUACAUAACAGUGCAUUUUUUGUGCUGCAGUUGUACUAUAUGAAUAUUCAAUGUGCAUUUAUAAAGUUCAACUUUUGUGGAAGUUCUUCAUUGAAUAAUGUGUAAAGAGCGCACUCUACAGGUGAACAAUAAGCAGUUGUC